AAACCAGUAUUAAACCCUUCGAGAUCCGCGAGCUGCUGGGUCGUCAGACAUUCCAGCUACCGUGUGGGGGACAAACCAGACGGGAUCCGCCGCUCCAAGCCGCGAAUGAAAGCCGCUCGCUGCGUCGCUCGGCGGUGGAUGGUGGCGGGCUGCUGGCUGGCCGGAGGGAGCAGCGGCGGAGUCCAGGGCUCCAGGUAGCGGCUUCAAGGAGACUGCUGCGAUGCUACGUGGGCAUCUGGAAGAAAAGCGCUUUUCUGCUCCGAGACGGUGUGUGUGUGAGCCGCUGGAAGACCGCCGAGCCGGCUUUAGCUGCUAGGCUGUUUUUUUUAGCCCUUUUAUUUUUUUUAGGUCUUUUUUAGAGAGCCGCUGCCUUGGAACCAGAGCAGCGGGCAUUUUUACGCCGAGCUGGUGAAGUUUCGGGGAAUGGCAGGUCGAAGCCGAAGAGCCUGGUUUAGUGUUCUGCUGGGACUGGUGGUCGGCUUCACGCUGGCUUCCAGGCUCAUCCUCCCCAGGGCGACCGAGCUGAAGGGAGCCGGGCAGAAGCGCAAGAGCCCCGCAGCCUGCGGGCUCAGCGGGGGGCUGAGGAAGGAGCGCGGCGGGGUCCCGUGGGCACCGCAGGCGGACGGCUCCCCCACCACCGACAAGCCCGACUCCGGCUCCAAGAGCUUCCUGUUCGUCGGCGUGAUGACGGCCCAGAAGUACCUGAAGAGCCGGGCCGUGGCGGCACACAGGACAUGGGCUCAGACCAUCCCAGGUAGGGUUGAAUUCUUCUCCAGCGAGGGUUCCGACACCUCCAUCCCCAUCCCGAUCGUGGCCCUGAGGAACGUGGACGAUUCCUACCCACCACAGAAGAAGUCCUUCAUGAUGCUGAAGUACAUGCACGACCAUUACUUGGACAAGUACGAGUGGUUCAUGAGGGCGGACGACGACGUCUACAUCAAGAGCGAGAAGCUGGAGAGCUUCCUGCGAAGCCUCAACAGCAGCGAGGCCCUCUUCCUGGGCCAGACGGGGAUGGGGGCCCGCGAUGAACUCGGGAAGCUGGCCCUAGAACCCGGGGAGAACUUCUGCAUGGGCGGUCCGGGGGUCAUCAUGAGCCGCGAGGUCCUCAGGAGGAUGGUGCCCCACAUCCGGGAAUGUUUGCAGGAGAUGUACACGACCCAUGAGGACGUGGAGGUGGGCCGCUGUGUGAGGAGGUUCGCCAAGGUCCAGUGCGUCUGGUCCUACGAGAUGCAGCAACUCUUCUACGAGAACUACGAGCCAAAUAAGAAGGGCUACAUCCGAGAGCUCCACAACAGCAAGAUCCACCGGGCCAUCACCCUGCACCCCAACAAGAACCCUCCCUACCAGUACCGCCUGCACAGCUACCUGCUCAGCCGCAAGAUCGCAGACCUGCGUCACAGAACCAUUCAGCUGCAUCGGGAGAUCGUCCAGAUGGGGCGCUAUGGAGCAGCCGAGCCCAGCCGAGAGGACCUCCAGCUCGGCAUUCCUCCUUCGUUCAUGCGCUUCCACCCCCAUCAACGAGAGGAAGUUCUGGAGUGGGAGUUUCUGACGGGGAAGUACCUGUUCUCGUCGUCGGACAGCCAGCCGCCCCGCCGGGGGAUGGACUCCUCUCAGAGGCAGGCUCUGGAUGACAUCAUCAUGCAGGUUAUGGAGAUGAUCAAUGCGAACGCCAAGACGCGAGGCCGAGUCAUCGAUUUCAAAGAGAUCCAGUAUGGCUACCGAAGGGUCAACCCGCUGUAUGGGGCGGAGUACGUGCUGGAUCUGCUGUUGCUGUACAAGAAGCACAAGGGGAAGACCAUGACGGUUCCUGUGAGGAGGCACGCGUACCUUCAGCAGACGUUCAGCCAGAUCCAGUUCAGGGAGGAGGAGGAGAUGGACGCCACGGCUCUUGCGAGCCACAUCAACCAGGAGUCCGACUCGCUGUCGUUUCUGUCUAACUCGCUGAAAAUGCUGGUGCCUUUCAAGCUCACUAACUCUGGACAGGACCAGCGGGAGCCCAAGGAAAACAAAGUCAACAUCCUGGUUCCUCUGUCGGGGCGCUACGACAUCUUUGUGCGCUUCAUGGCUAACUUUGAGAAGGUUUGUCUGAUCCCCAACCUGAAUGUGAAACUGCUGGUUCUGCUGUUCAGCACAGACAACAACACCGAGCGGGUCAAGCAGGUGGAGCUGAUGAGGGAGUACCACAUGAAGUACCCCAGGGCGGACCUGGAGAUCAAGCCUGUGGCCGGCUCCUUCUCCAGGGCUCUGGCUUUGGAAGUGGGCUCUCUGCAUUUCUCCAACGAUUCCUUGCUCUUCUACUGUGACGUGGACCUGCUCUUCUCCAGCGACUUCCUAAAGCGAUGUCGGACCAACACCGGCCUGGGGGAGCAGGCCUACUUCCCUAUCAUCUUCAGCCAGUAUGACCCCAAGAUAGUGUACUCUGGGAAGGUCCCGAGCAACAACCACUACGUCUUCACCUCCAAGACGGGCCUGUGGAGGACCUAUGGUUUUGGGAUCGUCUGCGCCUACAAGGGAGACCUGGUCCGAGCCGGGGGCUUUGACACCUCCAUCCAGGGGUGGGGCUUAGAGGACGUUGACCUUUAUAAUAAAUUUGUCCAGUCAGGGAUCAAGCUGUUCAGAAGCACAGACACGGGGAUCGUGCACGUCCACCACCCGGUCCUAUGCGACCCCAACCUGGAGGCCAAGCAGUACAAGAUGUGCCUGGGCUCCAAAGCGUCGUCGUACGGCUCCACCCAGCAGCUCUCUGAGCUCUGGCUGGAGAAGAACGAGCACGGCUACAGGAGGCUGGCCAGCAGCAACGCCUCGGUCAGGACAGCAUGAUGAAGACCAAGUGUCUGUGUUCGCUUCCGCCUCACGGCUCCGUUUUCAUCACUAUUUAUUUUUACUGCAAUGAAAGAUAUCCUGUUGACGCAGUUUGACCGUUUCCCCGUCGGGGCCCAGAAGUAACGUCGGUGGGCGUUAAACAGAACGGGGGGCUCUUCUACACUGUGAAACGUUCCAUCAGUACAGUGGAAACAGGCGAGGACGUUUCUGCGGCCCUCAGGGACGGACACAGUCGUGCUCUUUAAACUUUGUUUGUCUUGUGUGCGAGGACGUCACACAGCAAGUGAGCUUGGAGCAGAAUUCCCCUCCUGAUUAGGAGUGUUUACACAAGGCCGAGCCUGAACACGAUCCCAGAGAAAACUCCGGUCAGAGCUGGAGGAAAAGCAAAGAGCCGUUCAGUCAGACUUCCAUCAUCUACAGUGUCUUUUUACCUGCUUUCCUCUGGUUUCAGUUAGAUGUUGUUACACUGUUUUCCUUUAUAUAUAUAUAUAUAUAUAUAUAUAUAUAUAUAUAUAUAUAUAUAUAUAUUUCAGUUUUUUAACUAUUAUUAUUUUUGUAAACCCUACUGCUGGAUUUGAUAUCUGCAAUUCACUAUUUGUUGUCUAAUUUAUUGAAUUUGCAGGCUCUGUUUUCUACCUUCUGGUUUUUCAGCCACGUAUAUUGAAAGGAUUGUAUAACCUCAUCAGUAGUCGUGGAAUAGCCUUUCAUUUCCUCUUCUCUGCAAACCUAGUUUUAAACUUCUCACCAAAGAGUUCUGCAGUCUGCUUUAGGUGCGUGUGUGUGUGUGUGUGUGUGCGUGUGUGUGUGUGUGUGUGUGUGUGUGUGUGUGUGUUUGGCCAGCGUUCUGCAGGUGCAAACAUAAAGCUGGCUGUAUGAUGGAGUGCAGACAGACGCUCCAUCUGUCCCGGGCCUUUCCAGCAGACUGAAGCGAGGGCCCCUCAGGUCGUCGUACCAGCGUAAUAAAAUGGGAGCAGAGCUCUUGUCGGCCAUCUUAAGUCACACGUUGCUGUUCCCUUUUUUUUAUAAAUGACUUCUUUGUUGAAAUAAAGUGUUGUGGCUCAUUCCUGCCUGUGUGGGCGUGUCUGCAGUUUCUGUUCUGUUGCAAUAUGAAAUAAACGCCUGUGUUUGAUCUUG